CCGUGAAUUAUCAUCGGACACUCCAAUUCUCCACCACCUACCAGGCAAUACUGCACGCAAGCCUGCUUAUUUUUGAAUGGGCACCGACACGGGAUCUUUAGAUGGAAUUCUUUCCUUCUUUCUCCCCCCCCCAAGCUGUAAUUCUAAUGACGUCCGUGUUUAGCCUUACGCACUCGCUGUGGCCCCAGUACAUACUGCAUUCUUUGGAAGCAAAUAGGAACAACUACCUUUCGAACCCAACUCGAUCGACACAGAGCAAUGAGUAGGACACAGCGCCCGGGGAGUUGGCGAUACUCCUCCGACUGGCGGACUCCAGACCCCGCCGCCUCGACGAAGCGGUCCACGUUCGAUGACGAGGUGCCCGAGCCUCGACCAUCCAAAAAACCCGACAUAUCUCACAGUCUUUCCUAUGACGGCGAGAAGACGAGUGUAUCGUUACAGCCGUACGAUGAGGCUAGCGCCAAGCUCAUCGCCGAGGGACGGCUCGCCUACAUUGGCAACCUACACUACAUAGCCACAUUCGACGAUAUCGAGGAGUUGGUUGGCAUGGGUGGCCCGGGGGCGCCCGAGCAAAUCCACGUAUCGUUCCAUCCCUUUACGCGCAGGAACCCGGGCUACUGCUACGUCGAAUACUCGGACCGAGAGUCGGCGACAAGGGCCAUAUCCACUUUAAAUGGUCGACGAGUCCUCGGCCGAUCCAUCGAAUGCCUCCCGUGUCGACCGAGUGAAGAUCGAACGGAUUGA